UUUGCGGAAGUGAGCGCUAGCAGCGUUAGCUGUUGGUAUAUGUGGAGCUAGCUUGAAGAUUGCGGUGUAGUCGUAUCGCAGGUAAAUAUUUCAGUGGUAACUAAGCAACAAUGUCUUCAGUUCAGUAUCUGAGAGAGUUUGUCAACGAGCGACUAACUGCUGCUGCUGAAGAAAUAUUCGGAGUCUUUGAAAAAACUAUCGUCGAGUACGAGGAAGUGAUCGAUCGUCAGCGCAGACUGCUGGAUAUCGUUUGGAAACCCGAGAUAAAGCUACACAGGACAGAGCUCCCACAGCAACAUGUCUGUAAGGAGGAGGAGGUUCUCACUGACCAGCAGCUCUGUGACCAGGAGAGGAACUCCAGUCUGGACCAGGAGGACCCAGAGCCUCCACAGAUUAAAGAGGAAGAGGAGGAACUCUGCACCAGUCAUGAGGGAGAGCAGCUUGUACUGAAGCAGGAGACUGAUACCUUUAUGUUGACUCCUACUAAUGAGGAAAGUGACCACCAGCUCCUCUUUCACAACUCUCCUGUCGCUGAGAGCCAAGAUCAGGAAGGAAGCAAGGAUGUAGACCCAGAAUCAAAGAGUCAGUGUAACACUCAGACGGAUAAAAAGUCUUUAAAGUGUCACACUUGUGGAAAAGCAUUUAAGUAUGAGUCCAAAUUGAAUGUACAUCUGAGAAGCCACACAGGUGAAAGGCCAUACCUUUGCAACACAUGUGGGAAAAGAUUCAGUCAGACAUCAGCAUUGAAAAAUCAUGUCAGAAUCCACACAGGUGAGAAGCCUUAUUCUUGCGAAACAUGUGGGAAAGGUUUCAGAACUAGUACAAGCUUGCUGCUCCACAUGAGAACCCACACAGGUGAGAAGCCGUAUGUUUGCAACACCUGUGGGAAAGGUUUCAGAUGCAGCAGUGACUUGUUAGUCCACAUGAGAACUCACACAGGUGAGAAACCAUAUUCCUGCAACAUCUGUGGGAAAAGAUUCUUUCGGACUUCAUCACUGAAAACUCAUAUAAGAAUUCACACAGGUGAAAAACCAUAUUCAUGUAGCACCUGUGGGAAGAAAUUCAGUCAGAAAUCAUCAAUGAAUGAUCAUUUAAAAACCCACACAGAUGAAAAACCAUAUAUUUGUAACUCCUGUGGCAAAAAAUUCAGACAGAGCAGCGUCUUUAAACUUCACAUGCGAACCCACACAGACGAGAGACCGUACCUUUGCAAGACCUGUGGGAAAAGAUUCUGUAGCAUGUCUGUAUUAAAAAAUCACAUGAGAAUCCACACAGAUGAGAAGCCAUAUUUUUGUGAAAUGUGGGAAGGGCUUCAGAUGUAGCAAUAGCUUGUUAGUCCACAUGACAAUCCACACAGGUGAGAAACCAUAUUUGUAAAGGCAAUCCUGUGAUUCAAACUUGCUUUGAUGCUCCAGGUAUGAUGUGUGCAGUUAAACACGUUCCAAAUUACAAUACAAUGAAGGAAAGAAAGGGAACUAAUUUGUAAAAUAAUAUUUAUUAUGAAAAUAAAGUAUGGAUUACAACAGCCCUGAUUAUGAUGGAAUGAAUAAACCAACAAAAACUAUGUGGUACAUACUCAAAAAGGCAAUUGCUUGGAUUCUUAAGUCCACAGCCUUUUCCCCAUGUUUCCCUGUUCCCACUCCUUAUCUUGGAGGUUUUCAGAGUUCAGGUGGGCACCAGGUAGUACCAUCUAGUGUUGGUGUAUCACUUUUGUUGAGUCUUUUCUUUUUUUGUCUAGAACAUGUCCUUUCAUUUUAUAUUUUUAUGUAUUUGGAGAAUUUCUGCAACAUUAUAUUUUCAUUAUUUCAGGCUAUAGAGUUGACACACCAAGAUGUAGGAGAUCUACAUCUGUGGUAAAUACUAUUAUGUUACAUAAUUCAGUGACCCAAAGUGCAGUUAAGGUGCAGUUAAAGUAUGAUAUGAUACAGUUUGGUAAUAUUGUAAAAAAAUAAAUAAAUUCUGGAGCAUUUGUG